GAUGACCGGCUCAACUGCACAACAAAAUCGAAAGACUGGGAAGGGUUAAUGUUGGUAAUCUGCUUGGUUAGUCUCCACCAAGAACAGUACUACACGAUCGGUUGGAUUGCAUUAGUUGCACUUGCGCAUAAUUGUUCUUCAGAGAGCCUAAGUGCUGUGCAAAAUCGAUCCCGUGAAAAGCACGAUUACACGAGCUGUCAUGGAAGGCUCCAUGCUGAGUGAUGCAAACUACGCGCCGCUGACGCCGCUGAGCUUCUUGGAGCGCGCCGCCGUCGUGUUCGGCGACCGAACGGCCGUCGUCUCCGGCGGCAGGGAGUACUCGUGGCGCGAGACGCGGGAACGGUGCUUGGCUGGGGCGUCCGCGCUCGCGGGCCUCGGCGUCGGCCGCCGGGACGUGGUUGCGGUCAUCGCGGCGAACAUACCGGCGAUGUACGAGUUGCACUUCAGCGUGCCGAUGACCGGCGGGGUGCUGUGCACGCUCAACACCCGGCACGACGCGGCCAUGGUGUCCGUCCUUCUUAGGCACUCGGAGGCCAAGGUUUUCCUCGUCGAGUCGCAGUUCCUCGCCGUCGCGCACGACGCCCUGAGGCUGCUCGCCGAUGCCAAAGCCAACCUUCCUCACGUCGUCGCGAUCUCCGACAGCGGCGACAGCGGCGGCGGCGGCGGCCGCGGAGGGCUAGAGUACGAGGCGCUUCUGAGGGGCGCGCCGCGCGGCUUCCAGAUCAGGUGGCCGGCCGACGAGUGCGACCCGAUAUCGCUGAACUACACGUCGGGGACGACGUCGAGGCCCAAGGGCGUCAUCUACAGCCACCGCGGCGCGUACCUGAACUCGCUGGCCUCGUUGCUCUGCAACGACAUGAUGCAGAUGCCGGUGUACCUCUGGACCGUGCCCAUGUUCCACUGCAACGGGUGGUGCAUGGUGUGGGCGACGGCGGCGCAGGGCGGGACGAACAUCUGCAUCAGGAACGUUGUGCCCAAGGUCAUCUUCGAGCAGAUCGUUCGCUACGGGGUGACCAACAUGGGCGGCGCGCCCACGGUGCUCAAUAUGAUCGUGAACGCGCCGGCGUCGGAGAGGAAGCCGCUGCCGAGGAAGGUCCUCAUCUCGACGGGCGGCGCGCCGCCGCCUCCGCAGGUGCUGGCCAAGAUGGAGGAGCUCGGUUUCAAUGUCGCGCACGGGUACGGGCUCACCGAGACGUACGGGCCGGCGACGAAGUGCGUGUGGAGACCCGAGUGGGACGCGCUGCCGCUCGGCGAGCGCGCGCGGAUCAAGGCGCUCCAGGGAGUGCAGCACCAGCUGUUGCAAGACAUUGACAUCAAGGACCCGGUGACCAUGGCGAGCAUGCCAUCCGACGGGCGCGCCGUCGGCGAGGUCAUGCUCCGCGGCAACACGGUCAUGAGCGGGUACUACAAGGACGCGGCGGCGACGGAGGAGGCCAUGCGCGGCGGCUGGCUGCGCACGGGCGACCUCGGCGUGCGGCACCCCGACGGGUACAUCCAGCUCAAGGACCGCGCGAAGGACAUCAUCAUAUCGGGCGGCGAGAACAUCAGCUCGAUCGAGGUGGAGUCGGUGCUGUUCGGCCACCACGCCGUGUUCGACGCGGCGGUGGUGGCGAGGCCGGACGACCACUGGGGCGAGACGGCGUGCGCGUUCGUCACGCUGAAGGACGGGGUAAGCGCCACCGCCGACGACAUCAUCGCCUUCUGCCGUGCGCGGCUGCCACACUACAUGGCGCCGAGGACGGUGGUGUUCGGCGGCCUGCCCAAGACAUCGACGGGGAAGACGCAGAAGUUCCUGCUCCGGGAGAAGGCCAGGGCCAUGGGAAGCAUACCGAUGCAACGCAAAGCAAAACUGUAGGAUGGUGGCUGCGUUAGGUUUUGUUGCCAAGAUGACAGUGUCCUGCA